CAAAGAGGGGAUGGUCCUCGACGCGCUCGGGCUCGAUUGGCCGCCCUCCCCCGGCGGCGGUAACGGUCGCGGAGGCGGGGCCUGACGUAGCUGAUCCCAGCCUGGCCUGGCCGGGCUGGCUGCUGGUGGGAGGCGGCAACUGAGUAAGAUGAAGAUCCAGUUUCAGAAAUGAGACUCGUUGGGUGAUCAUUUCAUUGAGAUCAACCUGAAUGACCAGGUGUAAAGUGCAAGAGUAAUAUGCUAUGACUGAGGCAACUCAAAUUUUUUAAUUGCCACUUUCUGUUUCUUUUGAUUCUACAAAAGUAACUAUGUUUCUGGUAGCCCCUAAACCCCAGGAUUCCAAUCAACCAUCAAACAGACUCAUGACUGAAAAACAGCAGGAAGAAGCAGAAUGGGAAAGCAUAAAUGUGCUAUUGAUGAAGCAUGGCUUAAAACCUUUGUCUCUAGUCAAAAGAACAGAUCUCAAAGAUCUCAUCAUUUUUGACAAACAGUCAUCACAAAGGAUGAGACAGAAUUUGAAAUUGCUGGUGGAAGAAACAUCACAUCAACAGAACAUGAUACAGGAGCUUAUAGAAUCUAAUCAACAGCUUAGAAAUAAACUUCAGCUAGAGCAAAGCCGAGCAGCCAAUCAAGAACAACGAGCUAAUGACUUGGAACAAAUUAUGCAGAGUGUGAAAUCCAAAAUUGGUGAAUUGGAGGAUGAAUCACUAAAUAGGGCUUGCCAGCAACAGAAUAAAAUAAAAGAUCUUCAAAAGGAGCAGAAAACUUUACAGGUGAAGUGCCAGCAUUAUAAGAAAAAACGAAUGGAGCAACAAGAAACUAUUGCUUCUUUGCAAAUGGAAGUCUGUAGAUUAAGAAAGGAGGAAGAAGAUCGCAUUGUCACUCAAAACAGAGUGUUUGCCUAUCUGUGCAAAAGAGUUCCUCAUACCGUCUUGGAUAGACAGUUGCUUUGUCUAAUUGAUUACUAUGAAUCUAAAAUUAGAAAAAUUCAUACACAAAGGCAAUAUAAAGAAGAUGAAAGUCAGUCAGAAGAAGAAAACGACUACAGAAAUCUGGAUGCCUCACCAACUUAUAAAGGCCUUUUAAUGUCAUUACAGAAUCAACUCAAGGAAUCAAAAUCUAAGAUUGAUGCACUUUCAAGUGAAAAGCUGAACCUCCAAAAAGAUUUGGAAACCAGGCCCACACAGCAUGAAUUAAGACUUUAUAAACAGCAGGUGAAGAAACUGGAAAAAGCCCUUAAGAAAAACAUCAAAUUACAGGAGCUUAUUAGUCAUAAGAAGGCUGAAGACACAGAGAAGAAAGAUGAGCCCAGCAAACAUAAUCAGCAACAGGCCCUAAUUGACCAGAGAUACUUUCAGGUGCUGUGUAGCAUCAAUUCAAUUAUCCACAAUCCAAGAGCUCCAGUAAUAAUUUAUAAACAGAGCAAAGGGGGAGCCCAAAAUUUUAAUAAAGAUCUUGUUCAAGAUUGUGGAUUUGAGCAUCUUGUUCCUGUAAUAGAAAUGUGGGCAGAUCAGCUGACAUCCUUAAAGGAUUUGUAUAAGUCUUUGAAAACACUAUCUGCAGAACUGGUACCUUGGCAUAAUUUGAAGAAGCAGGAUGAAAAUGAAGGUAUCAAAGUUGAAGAUUUGUUGUUUAUAGUAGAUACUAUGUUGGAAGAAGUUGAAAAUAAGGAAAAGGACAGCAAUAUGCCAAACUUUCAAACUUUGCAAGCUAUUGUUUCUCACUUCCAAAAGUUAUUUGAUGUGCCUUCUUUAAAUGGAGUCUAUCCCCGAAUGAAUGAAGUUUAUACUAGGCUUGGAGAAAUGAACAAUGCUGUGAGAAACCUCCAAGAACUCUUAGAAUUAGAUAGUUCAUCCUCAUUGUGUGUGCUGGUAAGCACUGUUGGAAAACUCUGUAGGCUGAUUAAUGAAGAUGUGAAUGAGCAGGUUAUGCAGGUAUUAGGACCUGAAGACCUCCAGAGCAUUAUCUACAAAUUGGAAGAACACGAGGAAUUUUUCCCAGCAUUUCAGGCAUUUACUAAUGAUCUACUUGAAAUCUUAGGGUGAACCUUCCUUGGGCAACUUGUACAUCCUUGCUGCAUUUUAUGAAAAGGUUAAAGAACUAGAAAAGCAAGAGCAAACUGAACCCAAAAUUUGUAGAAAAAUAAUAAAGAUAAACACAGGAAUAUAUGAAUUAGAAAUGAAGAAAACAAUACAAAAAAUCAAUGAAACAAAAGUUGGUUUUUUGAAAACAUAAAAUUCACAAAACCUUUAGUCAGACUAACAAAGGAAGACUCAAAAUCAGAGGUGAUAAAAGACAUUACAACUGAUACUGCAGAAAUUUAAAGGAUUAUUAGUGGCUACUGCAAGCAACUAUAUGCCAAUAAAUUGGAAAAUCUAGAGGAAAUGGAUAAAUUCCUAGACCCAUACAACCUCCCAGGAUUGACCUAUGAACAUGAAAUCCAAAACCUGAACAAACCAGUACAAGUAAUGAGAUCUGAGCUGUAAUAAGUCUCCCAGUAAAGCCUGAGAACCAAUGGCUUCACUGCUGAAUUCUACCAAACACUUAAAGAAGAACUAAUACCAAUUCUACUCAAAUUAUUCUGAAGAAUGGAGAAGGGAGUACUUCCAACCUCAUUCUGUGAGGCCAGUAUUACCUUGAUAGCAAAACCAAAGACACAUCAAAAGAAAACUAGGCCAGGUGUGGUGGCUUCACACCUGUAAUCCCAGCACUUUGGGAGGCUGAGACAGGUGGAUCACUUGAAGUCAGGAGUUUGAGACUAGCCUGGCCAUCAUGGGGAAACCCUGUCUCUACAAAAAAAUGCAAAAAUUAACCAGGCAUGGUGGUGUGCACCUGUAGGCCCAGCUACUCGGGAGGCUUAGGUGGCAAAAAAAAAACAAACUACAGGCCAGUAUCUCUGACGAAUAUUGAUGGAAAAAUCCUCAACAAUAGCAAACUAAAUUUAACAACACAUUAAAAAGAUCAUUCAUCAUGAUAAAGUAGGAUUUAUCCCAGGGAUGCAAGGAAGAUUCAACAUAAGCAAAUCAAUGUGAUACAUCAUAGCAACAGAAUGAAGGGCAAAAACCAUAUGAUCAUUUCAACUGAUACUGAAAAAGCAUUUGAUAAAGUUCAAAAUCCCUGCAUGAUUAAAAAGAAAACCCUCAAAACACUGCGUGUAGAAGGAACAUACCUCAACAUAAUAAAAGCCAUAUAUGACAGACUCACAGCUAGUAUCAUACUGAAAGGGGAAAAACUGAAAGCCAUUUCUCUAAGAUCUGGAACAUAACAAGGAUGCCCACUGUUAUUCAAAAUAGUAGUAGAAGUCCCAGCUAGAGCAAUUAGACAAAAAAGAGCAUCCAAACUGGAAAGGGAGAAGUCAAAUUAUUAUUAUUUGCAGAUGAAUAUGUUAUUUGGAAAACCUAAAGACUCCACCAAAAAACUAGAACCAAUACAUUCAGUAAAAUUGCUGGAUACAAAAUCAACUUACAAAAAUAAGUAGACUCUGCCUCUCCUUCCCCCUCCCCCUCCCCCUCAUCUCGACGGAGUUUUGCUCUUAUCGCCCAGACGGGAGUGUAAUGGCACAGUCUCGGCUCACUGCAACCUCUGCCUCCCAGGUUCAAGUGAUUCUCCUGCCUCAGCCUCCUGAGUAGCUGGGAUUACAAGCACCCACCACCAUGCCCAGCUAAUUUUUGUACUUUUACUAGAGACUGGGUUUCACCAUGUUGGCCAGGCUGGUCUUGAAUGCCUGACCUCAGGUGAUCCACCCACCUCGGCCUUCCAGAGUGCUGGCAUUACAGGCAUGAGCCACUGUGCCAGGCCAAAAAAUAAGUAGACUUUCUAUAUGCCAAUACUAAACAAUCUGAAAAAGAAAUUGGAAAUUUACUCUUGUAAAUCCCAUUUACAAGAGUCACAAAUACAAUUAAAUAGGGAUUAACUGAACCAAAGAUGUGAAACAUCUCUACGAUGAAAACUAUAAAACACCUAUGACAGAAAUUGAAAAGGACUCCAGAAAAUGGAAAGAUAUUCCAUGUUCAUGGAUUGGAACAAUUAAUAUUGUUAAAAUAUCCGUACUACCCAAAGCAAUCUACAGAUUCAAUGCAAUCCCUAUCAAAAUACCAGUGACAUUCUUCAUAGAAAUAGAAAAAACAAUGCUAAAAUAUAUUAUGGAACCAUAGAAGACCCAGAAUAGCCAAAGCUAUCCUGAGCAGAAAGAACAAAACUGGAAGAAUCACAUUUCCUGACUUCAAAUUAUGCUACAGAGCUAUAGUAACCAAAACAGCAUGGUACUGGCAUAAAAGCAGACACAUAGACCAAUGGCACAGAAUAGAGAUCACAAAAACAAAUCCACACACCUACAGUGAACUCAUUUUUGAUAAAGGUGCCAAGAAGAUACACUGGGAAAAGAUAGUUUCUUCAAUAAAUGGUGCUCAGAAAACUGGAUAUCCAUAUGCAAAAGAAGGAAAAUCAACCCCAAACUCUCACCUUAUACAGAAAUGAAAUAAAAACGAAUUAAAGACAAAUCUAAGACCUCAAAACUAUGAAACUACUACAAGAAAACAUUGGGGAAAAUCUCUAAUACAUUGGCGUGGACAAAGGUUUCUUGAGUAAUAUCCCACAAGCAGAAGCAACCAAAGCAAACAUGGACAAGUGAGGUCACAUCAAGUUAAAAAGCUGCUCCACGGCAAAGGAUACAGUCAACAAAGUGAAAAACAACCCACAAAAUGGGAGAAAAUAUUUGCAAACUACCCUGUUGUGGGAAGUCAGGGACCCUGAACAGAGGGAAUGGCUGGAGCUGCGGCAGAGAAAUAUAAAUUGUGAAGAUUUCAUGGACAUUUACCAGUUCUCAAAUAAUACUUUCAUAAUUUCUUACACCUGUCUUACUUUAAUCUCUUAAUCCUAUUAUCUUCAGAAGCUGAGGAUGUACGUCACCUCAGGGCCACGAUGAUAAUUGUGUUAACUGUACAAAUUGUAAAACAUGUAUUUGAACAAUAUGAAAUCGGUGCACCUCGAAAAGGAACAAUAACAGUGAUUAUCAGGGAACAAGAGAAGACAGCCAUAAGGUCUGACUGCCUGCAGGGUUGGACAAAAUGGAGCCAUACUUUUCUUCUUGCAGAGAGCUUGUAAAUGGACCUGCAAGUAGGGAAGAUAUCGCUAAAUUCUUUUCCUAGCAAGGAAUAUUAAUAAUUAAUACCCUGGGGAAGGAAUGCAUUCCUGAGGGAGGUCUAUAAACGGCCGCUCUGGGAGUGUCUGUCUUAUACAGUUGAGAUAAGGACUGAAAUACACCCUGGUCUCCUGCAGUACCCUCAGGCUUACUAGGGUGGGGAAAACCCCUGCCCUGGUUAAUUUGAGGUCAGACUAGUUCUCUGCUCUCGAACCCUGUUUUCUGUUGUUUAAGAUGUUUAUCAAGACAAUACGUGCACUGCUGAACAUAGACUCUUAUCAGUAAUUCUGCUUUUGCCCUUUGCCUUGUGAUCUUUGCUUUUGCCCUUUGUCUUGUGAUCUUUGUUGGACCCUUAUCAGGAGUUUUUGAUUUUAUCCUUAGAAGCAUGUGAUCUUUGUUUUCCUUUUUGCCCUUUGAAGGAUGUGAUCUUUGUGACCUACUCCCUGUUCUUACACCCCCUCCCCUUUUGAAAUCCUUAAUAAAACUUGCUGGCUUUAAGGCUCAGGUGGGCAUCACGGACCUACUGAUAUGUGAUGUCACCCCCGGAGGCCCAGCUGUAAAAUUCCUCUCUUUGUACUCUUUCUCUUUCUCAGCCGGCUGACACUUAGGGAAAAUAGAACCUAUAUUGAAAUAUUGGGGGUGGGUUCCCCCGAUACUACCCAUCUGACAAGGGAUUAAUAACCAGAAUAUAUAAGCCGUAUGUCCAAACACCUCUACAGGAAAAAAAUCUAAUCCAAUUAAUGGGCAAAAGAUUUGAAUAGACAUUUGUCAAAAAAGAAGUGAUAAAUGGCAAACAGGCAUAUGAAAAUGUGCUCAACAUCACUGAUCAUCAGAGAAAUGCAGAUCAAAACUACAAUGAGGUAUCAUCUUACCCUAGUUAGAAUGGCUUUUAUCCAUAAGACAGGCAAUAAUAAAUGCUGGUGAGGAUGUGGAGAAAAGAGAACCCUUGUAUACUGCUGGUGGAAAUUUAAAUUAGUACAACCACUAUGGAGAACAGUUUAGAGGUUCCUCAAGAAACUGAAAAUAGAGCUGCUGUAAGAUCCAGCAAUCCCACUGCUACAUAUCUACCCAAAAGAAAGGAAAUCAGUAUAUCAAAGAGAAAACCUGCACUCCCAUGUUUGUUCACAGUAGCCAAUAUUUGGAAGCAACUUACUUAAAGUAUCCAUCAACAGAUGAGUGGAUAAAGAAAAUGUGGUACUCAUACACAAUAGACUACUAUUCAGCCUUAAAGAGAAUGAGAUCUUGUCAUUUGCAACAUUGAUGGAACUGGAAGAUCAUUAUGUUAAGUGCAACAAGCCAGGCACAGAAAGACAAACAUCACAUGUUCUCAUUUAUUUGUAGGAUCCAAAAUCAAAAUGAUUAAAUUCAUGGGUGGUUACCAGAGGCUGGAAAGGGUAGUGGGGGUGAGGGUGGAGGGGAGGUGGGGAUGGUUAAUGGGUAUUAAAAAAUAGAAUGAAUAAGACCUACUGUUUGAUAGCCCAACAGGGUGACUAUAGUCAAAAUAAUUCAGUUGUACAUUUUAAUAUAACUAAAAGUAUAAUUCGAUUGUUUGUAAAACAAAGGAUAAAUACUUGAGGAGAUGGCUACCCCCAUUUUCCAUGAUGUGAUUGUUACACAUUGCAGACCUGUAUAAAAAUAUCUCAUGUACUCCAUAAAUAUAUAUACCUAUGUACCUGCAAAUAUUGAAAAUUAAAAAUUAUUGGCAGUAUCAAAGUUUGCAUGUAUCUCCAAAAAAAUUAUUACAGGAAAUUGCUGUGAGACGAUUUGGAAAGAAAUGCAAUUUAAAAAUUAAUGUAAAUUUUGUCAGCUGGCUUAAGAGCCUGUGGUUAAGACUUAGUUUAAAACAGAAGUUUUCAAACUCUUCUUCAGAGGGCUAGGGCUUUAUUGAAGGUGCCUCAAGGGCCACUGAGAAGGAUAGUGCCACUAAUAGAAAUAGCUUUAGGCUUUCCCUAUCAGAUCCACUUUUAUCCAAUUUCUAUUAUUAAAAAUAUAAGAAUAGUGCAGUUAUUGUUUAACAAUAUUUAUUUAAAAUGUAAAAUGUUGAUUUUAAAACAAUUUUAUUGAUGUAUCCUUGACAUAUAAUAAACUGUACAUAUUCAAAGUAUACACACAAUUUGAUAAGUUCUGAUAUAUACACCUGUGAAAUCAUCACCACAAUCUUAACAGACAUACUCAUCAUUCCAAAAGUUUUCUUUGCCCCUGGUAAUCCUUCCCCAUCUUCUCCCCUCCCUCCUAUUAUCCUGACUUUUAUCACUUCCUUGGUUUUUUUUUUUUUUCCAAAUAGCUCUGCCACUUUUGUGUGUCUGUAUAUGCCUAAACCAAUGUAGUUUUGACUGUUUUUAUAAAACUGGAAUCAUAUUGUGUAUAUUAAAAAUAUUUAUUUUGGGGCAACCUGCUCGGGUCCCCUUCCACACUGUGGAAGCUUUGUUCUUUCGCCCUUUGCAAUAAAUCUUGCUACUGCAAAAAAAAAAAAAAAAAUUUAUUUUGUUCAGUAUUACGUUUGUACUGUGCAUCCAUGUUGUUUUUGUUAGGUCCAGGUCAUUUGUUUUCAUUGCUCUAUAGUAUUCCAUCUAUGAAUAUUCCACAAUUCAUUUGUUCUACUAGAAGUUGGCAUUUGGGUCAUUUUCAGUUCUUGGCUACUGUGAAUAGUACUGCUAUCAACGUGCAUCGUCAUACACUUGUAUGCAAGUUUUCUAGAGUAUAUAUCCAGAACUGAGAUAUAAACAACUGGGUCAUAGGGGAAACAAAGGGGAAAUGUGCAUAGCCAUACAGGCCGUGUACUACUGUACAACUUGAGGCAGUAGCAUUUCUAUAGAUAACGACGUGAAUGAAGCUUCUGGAGGUGUACAGAGUGGUGACUUUGGUGGGGAAUGUUAUCUUCAACUUUAGGAGAAAAAUGCAAAACUAUUUUCCAAAGUGGUUGUACCCAUUUAUACUCCUCCCACAGCAAUGUAUGAAACCUCCCACUUUUCCACAUCCUUUGUGCCAAUGUAUAGAGCUAUUAUUGUCAUUUUAAUAUUUAUUUCCCUGAUCACUAAUGAAGUUAAGCAACUUUUCAUUUGUUUAUUAGACUUUUGUGUGUCAUUUCUGAAGUGCUUCUGUGUCUUUUGCCCAUUUUUCUAUUGGAUUGACUUAGUAAUUUGUAAAAGUUACUUAUAUAUUCUGGACAUGAGCCCUUUGACAGUUAUAUGUGUUACAAAUGUCUUCUUCCAUUCUGCGACCUGUCUUUCCAUUUUCCCACAGUAUUUUUUGUUGUUGUUUUUUGUUUUUUGAGACAUGCAGUGGCAGGAUCUCAGCUCACUGCAACCUCCGCCUCCCAGGUUCAGGUGAUUAUCCUGCCUCAGCCUCCUGAGUAGCUGGGACUACAGGCGCGUGCCACCAUGCCUGGCUAAUUUUUUGUAUUUUUAGCAGAGGUGGGGUUUCACUGUGUUAGCCAGGAUGGUCUCCAUCUCCCCACCUCGUGAUCCGCCUGCCUCGACCUCCCAAAGUGCUGAGAUUACAGGUGUGAACCACUGUGUCCAGCCCUCCCAUAGUGUUUCGUUUUUUUUUUUUUUUUUUUAAAGAGAUGGGAUCUCGGCCGGGCGUGGUGGCUCACGCCUGUAAUCCCAGCACUUUGGGAGGCCGAGGCGGGUGGAUCACGAGGUCAGGAGAUUGAGACCAUCUUGGCUAACACAGUGAAACCCCGUCUCUGCUAAAAAUACAAAAAAUUAGCCUGGCAUGGUGGCACGCGCCUGUAGUCCCAGCUACUCAGGAGGCUGAGGCAGGAAAAUCAGUUGAACCUGGGAAGUGGAGGUUGCAGUGAGCUGAGAUCACACCACU